AUGGUAGAGGAGGAUCAACUUCAGGGAAAAGGAAAGGCCAAGGUGAUCCCUCAGGAGAUGAGGGAUUUUAGGUCAGACCGUUAUAACAACAGCCGACCACGGAGGGAUUUUGUUGGGCAGUCGGGUUCGGCGGACGCCCAGGUUGUUAAUGCAGUAUUUCGGGAGCCAGUGCAGCAGGUUUUAGAGAAGAUAAAGAACGAGCCAUUCUUCAAAUGGCCGAACAAGAUGGCGGAAGAGCCUAGGAAACGCAACCCGAACUUAUAUUGCCACUACCAUCAAGAUCAUGGGCACACGACGGAUAAUUGCAGGAAUUUGUGGGAUCACUUGGAGCAAUUGGUCCGUGAAGGGAAAUUGAAACAACUCUUGCAUCACUCCAAUGGAAGGGCGAGCCAAGCAGGUUCAGAGGUGCGUGGGGACGCUUCAUCAAGGCUCCCUCUGGGUACGAUUAAUGUCAUCUUUGCGGCACCGGGAAGGACUGGAUCUUGCCCCUCCAGAGUAUUGUCAGUGUCCCGAUCCCCGACCGAGGAUCAUUUCCACGUAAUGAAGAGGGCUAAAGGGCGUGUCCCCCUGAUUCUAGGCUUUUCAGAUGAGGAUAUGGUUGGGACCAUACAGCCCCAUGAGGAUGCUUUGGUGGUAACGUUGAGAAUUGGCGGAUACGAAGUCAGAAGAGUGAUGGUUGACCAGGGCAGCGCUGUGGAUGUGAUGUAUCCAAACUUGUACAAGGGGCUAGGUUUGAAGCCAGAGGACUUAACAACCUAUAACUCCCCUCUAAUAAGUUUUGAGGGAAGGUUGGUCACUCGCAAAGGACUAAUCAGGCUGCCCGUUCAGUCAGAAGGUGAAGUACCCAUCCAGAGACCAAGUGUUGGAAGUAGUAGGGAGUCAGGCGGCUACUCGGCAAUGCCUAGUAGUGGCUAUACAGCAUCGGCUAGAAGCAGAAACCUCAGCUACGGCCGACAAUGA